AUGCCUUCGGCGGCGAUGACGGUGGCGGCGGGGCUGGCGACGGGGCCGGGCAGCCGCGUGACGCGGUUCGCCAAGUCGACGGCGGCGUCGGUGACGCCCGUCAGGCCGGGCAAGACGCACGCGCUGUCGCCCCUGGACAACGCCAUGGAGCGGCACACGGUGCACGUGCUGCUCUACCUCCGCGCCGCGCCGGGCCUGGACCGGGAGCAGCUCAAGGAGUCGCUCUCCGAGGUGCUGUCGCUCUACCCGGCCAUGACCGGCCGGCUCACGCGCAGCGAAGGCAGCGAGGGGGCUGGGGCUGCCAGCGCGGACGCCGCGCCCGCGCACCGGGGGUGGGUCGUCAAGUGCAACGACGCCGGCGUGCGCAUAGUGGAUGCCAGGGCCGCCGUCACGCUCGACGAGUGGCUCGCCACGGCGACCGGCGACGAGGAGAUGGACCUCCUCUACUACGAGCCUAUGGGGCCCGAGCCUUACAUCUGGUCUCCGUUCUACGUCCAGCUGACGGAGUUCGCUGACAAGUCGUACGCGCUGGGGCUGAGCUUUUUAGACAUCCACAACGUCACCCCACCGCCGCCAGCUGCGCGAGCUUCUCUUGCUUUAAAUCAUUAA